AUGUCAAACCCAACCAUCAUCUUUUGCCCAGGGGCAUGGUAUCCACCAACAGCCUUCGACACAAUCAUUUCCAAACUCCCAAAAUAUACCUGCCAUACAUGCGCAUUUCCCUCUAUUCAAAAGGCAAGCGAAACAAAGUCGCUGGACCCCGAUAUCUCAGCUCUCCGCUCGCUAGUAGAGAAUGAAACAGAUGCAGGCCGAGAUGUCCUCGUCGUAUCCCACAGCUGGUCUGGUCUACCCGUGAGCAGUGCUCUUGAUGGACUAAGCAAGAUAGAGCGUGAGAAGGAAGGCAAAAAAGGUGGCGUUUUGCGUAUAGCGUUCAUCUCCGCUUUUCUUCCUACUCUCGGACAGAGCUUGAUUGGGGCUUUUGGCGGAACACCGCCUGAUUGGUAUAUUCACAAUACGGAGUCUGAGACUCUUACGGUGGCUGAUCCCGUCGGUCGCUUUUUCCAUGAUGUACCUGAUGGGGAGGAGUGGGCGAGCAAAUUGCGUCCUCAUUCGUGGUUGACGAAACUGAGUCCGGCGACGGGCACUGCUUAUGUGACGAUUCCCUGUUCUUAUUUGCUCUGUGAAGAUGAUCAGGCUAUUCCAUUUGAAGUCCAGAAAGGUAUGGUAGAGCAGGCGCGGGGGCUGGGUGCCGAUAUUGAGACGGAAUCUAUUAAGACGAGUCACACGCCGUGGCUUGUCUUGCCAGAUGAGACUCUGAACUUCAUUCGGAGACAGGCUGGGGAAAAGAUAUGA